AUGAUGAUCUGCCGAGUGGCAAGAAUAGCACGAGCAGCUCUGUUGCUGCUCAUGCUUGUUUGUCAAAUGAGCAUUGCAUCUGGAAGGGAACGACAUUCGGAGCGAACCAUGACGAUUGCUAACGACGGCCAAAUGCAAAAGGACAAUGGCUCGAUGGAUUUCGAUUAUCAACAAAUGCGGGGCCUUCGCCACAUGAAUAGCGAUCAAGGAGAACGGGAACUCCACCGUCGACGGAGGAGGAGGAGGAACGGAAAUAGAGGGAGAGGCAAUACUUUGUAUGUGAACGCAGCUCGCGGUGAUGGUGACGUUUACUAUGUCGUUGGUGGAGGUGGUGGCGGUGGAGGGGGAGGAGGAGGCAAUCGCGGACGAAGAAGCCAUGGAAAAGGCAAAGGCAAAGGUAAAGGUGGUGGUAGCCGAUCCUACUCGGGAUACGAUGAUGACUUGUAUUACAGGCGCAACAGACGCGGAAGGCGUUCUCGAUUCCGUGGAGCCGUUCAAGCUGUGGAUGUGGUUGAUGCGGGACAAGUGGGUCGCGGUGAUGGCGGAGCAGUUGUUCCUGUUCGUGUGGUUUCCGUCGGGACAGUGGCCGUCACACCAGCCUAUCGUGGAACCGGAAUUGGUCGAAUCAAUAGACCACGAGGGAGGCCACCACGGGCCCGCCCUGGAGGUAAUCGAUUCCCUCCAGGAUUUCGAGCUAGCACAAUUCGCCCCAGGACGUCGCCUCCUUCAUCAGCUCCGUCACCGCAAGGGCCCACAGCAUCGCCUACGACCGCAGCUCCUGUUGUCACACCUAGUCCUACAACAGCCGGCCCCGCCACACCAAAUCCUACUUUGGCACCUGGAACAACAGUCGCACCUGGAGCAUCACCCGGACCCACAACUACCCCAACGCAAGACUUUGUGAUCAUGGCUACCUUUGCUUUGACCUAUUUCACUGAUAUGGCCACCGAUGUGGUGAGAGAUCUAACAGCUGAAGAGUAUGCAGAGCUAACGACCCUGAUGGACGAAUUCUAUACAACUGAAUUCCAAAAUGAUCCGAUGUUCGCCACUGAUUUUGUAUCGUACAACACUGUGAUCACCACUAUGAUGUAUAACGAAGCUGGAAACCCUCAUGUCAUGAUGGACUUUGAUGCCAACUUUUCCUUCGCCAUGGGAACCACGAUCACUGCCAACGACAUUUUGACAAAGAUGCAGGGUCUUGAUUACAGAGCAUUCAUCAACGAUUAUUUGCGACGAGAUCCUGUGAACCAACUGGAUGCUGUGAUGCAGGUAGACUUUACAGCAUCCACCUCGCCAGCAUAG